AUGGCUGAUAAAGUUGCAAAACUUAGCUACAAGACGUUAGCAAGGAAAUAUAGCACAAAGGUGCCAACUCUUCCGAAAUCUGACUUCAUACCGAAACAAUAUGCGGGUCCAGCAUUUCAAAAGACCGAGGCACUGAAGAGUAAGCACAUCCCGCCAGCAGUGUACAACAUAUACAAGAACCCUCUGCUACUGCAUCAAGGUCACAAACAGUGGCUGUUCGACCACGAAGGUCGAAGGUAUCUGGACCUUUUUGGUGGAAUCGUCACAGUCUCCGUCGGCCAUUGCCAUCCCAAAGUGGUUGGAGCGUUACAAGAGCAAAUAAACUCUUUAUGGCAUUGCACGAACAUUUAUCGACACCCAAAGAUCUAUGAAUACAUCGAACAACUCGUUCAGAAGUUUCCCGGCGAUUUAAAGGUGGUGUACUUGGUCAACAGUGGGACGGAGGCCAAUGACCUCGCGACCUUACUGGCGAAGGCUUACACAGGCAACUUGGACGUAGUGUCCCUGCAGAGCAGCUACCAUGGAUACUCGUCCGCCCUGAUGGGACUCACCGCCACCCAGUCUUAUAGGAUGAAGUUACCUGUACCUCCUGGGUUUUACCAUACAAUGUUACCGGACCCCUUCAGGGGUAUUUGGGGUGGGUGUCGUGACUCGGUGUCCCAGGUGCCUGGCGCUUGUUCCUGCCCAGGUGAUUGCGUCACCGCAGACAAAUAUGUUCACCAGCUCAGUGAGCUUCUAGAAAAUUCGAUACCGAAGGGACGAUUGGCAGCUUUGUUUGCGGAGUCCAUUCAGGGAGUCAAUGGCACGGUGCAGUUCCCGAAAGGAUAUUUGAAAAAAGCACAACAACUCGUCAAGAAGUAUGGAGGACUGUAUGUAGCUGAUGAAGUACAAACAGGCUUUGGACGGACGGGAGACAAGUUCUGGGGUUUUGAGAACCACGACGUAAUCCCAGAUAUUGUGACUAUGGCCAAGGGUAUUGGCAAUGGUUUCCCCAUGGCUGCCGUGGUAACCACAAAGGAGAUUGCAGCCGCCCACGCCAGUACCACAUAUUUCAACACGUUCGGCGGGAACCCCAUGGCUUCAGCUGUCGGCAAAGCGGUUUUGGAUGUGAUCGAGGAAGAAGGAUUGCAGAACAAUUGCAAAGUUGUAGGAAAAUAUUUCAUCGAACAACUGAUGCAGUUGCAAAAAGUAUAUCCGAUCGUUGGAGAUGUGCGCGGAAAGGGAUUGAUGUUAGGAAUAGAGUUCGUUGAACCCGGUACCAAGGUACCCUUACCCAUUCCUGACAUGAACGUGAUACACGAGGAUAUGAAGGACAUGGGCGUCCUGAUUGGACGUGGAGGGCGGUGGAAUAAUGUAUUAAGAAUAAAGCCGCCGAUGUGUAUUAACAAGGAAGACGUCGACUUCACUGUUUCUGUUCUAGAUCAGGCAAUCAAGAAUUAUUUACAUACUAAAAAAUAA